UUGGUACUUUGUGAAGGUUCAUGGACAGUGGAGGGCAGGUCAUGCUAUUGCUUUUUUCUUUUUUCAGUGAUGUGCAGAAUAGAAAAACUCAGCUUCAAAAUUCAAGGGACAAGAAUGAACAGUACAGGAAGGAUUUGAAGGAGGGGUCUGGAUUUGGUGAUAUGAACACACUUGAUUAUGAGUAUGAAAUGCGCUGGAAUCGACUUUUUGAAAUGUAUAAGAAGAGAAAAAUGAUGUUGGAGUCAGAGGUACAGAGUGAGGUUGAACAGAUGGAAAGAAAGUUAGCUAUGUUACGAGAAGAAUAUGAGGCAGAAAAACUUAAAAGAGGAAUGAUGGGACGUAGUAACUCAGUACCAAAAGGAAGUGGCAUGUUUGGUCUUCAGGGAGGAACCUGUAAUGGAAUGGGCAUGCAACGUGAUCGCUAUGGAGACCACUGUUCUAUGAGGAAUGAACGGCAAAGCGACCGUGACCAGAGAUUGAAGGAAUUGUGGAUGCAGAACGAACGGGAACAAAGUAUGCGAAAUGCUAAUUUUCAAGGUGGCGCAAUAGAUCAACCGUUUCAGCAGGGAAUGAAACGAAAUGUAGUGACAGGUACACCAUAUGUCGACAUUAAGCGACAGCGGUAUUGAGCCAAUUAAUGUAUGUAUUUCAUUUCAGACGCCAUGUUUUUGUUUCUCUGCUGUAUACAGAAUUUAUGGUGUGCUUAUAACAGUGUUCAAAAAUCUUGUUUAGAGUAAUUAGAUGAUGCAGAUUAAUCCAUGAGACAUUUUUAGAUAUUAAGCAUAUUGCAAUGCGGUAUUUUUAUUUUCAUUUUUGAAGCAAAAUAUGUAGAUGAAUGAGUCAUUUGAAUACAUGAAUUGUGUAAUGGUGGAAUAGUUUUACAAGUCCCAAAAUGUGUUCUUGUAUGUCAAAUUUGCUAAUAUUUUUGUGAAAAAUUAUGUUAAGUCAUGGAAAGACUUUACUCUUAAUAACCUUAACUACAUUAGGAUGGAAAUUAUUCUUUUUAGUAUAUUUUUAUUCUAAUUAUUAUAAUGGAUACAAACCCUCAAAUCCAGCAUCCUCAGAACUGAAACUGAGCCAGUUUUCAUGAUUUCCCAGUUUUGUGGGACCGAAUAAUAUCAGUUACACUAUAAAACCUAUUCAACAGCAAAAAAAAAAAAAAAUUGACUGGUACGAUUCAUAUGACUCCUUGACUUUUGCACCCAUCCAACCCAACAGCUAUCCUACUUUAUGCCAUUGUUAUAUCUAAUGUGGAGGGUAAAGACACUGGACUCAAGCUUUUGAGAUGCAUGUUAACUAGACAUUUUAUUCUCACAUCAGUGUCUGCCUUGUUGCACAAACUUCACACCACAACACUUACAAAUCCUGAAUAUAUAUAUAUAUAUAUAUAUAUUUUUUUUUCCCCCUUUUUUAUCAUAUCAGCUAUUUCCCACCAAGCCAGUAAGUGAAAUAUUAAUAUCCCAUUCUUCUUUAUGUCUUCUUAACCCUUAAACAGUCCAAGUGUAUAUAUACAUUCACUCGCGUAGGGCCCAAAGUUUUUUGAGAAAAAAAAAGUUUUUUUUUUUUAAUAGGAAAAAAGAGCAUGUGGUACCCAGGUGUCCCCAAUUAUUUUAAUAUGGCGGACAGUGAGUGCGCACACCCAUUCUCUCAUGUCUUGGCGACUCAGGCUUAUCGUGGCAAUGUUGAAUGAAUGACAAAGAAAACGUAUAUAUACGCUUGGGGCGCUACGCGAGAGAACGUAUAUAUACGUUUGGACCGUUUAGGGGUUAAUAUCCCUGUACCCCCUAUCUCUAUUCCUGUCUUUCUCCAUCCUCUGUCCUUCCUCAGUCUUCUUUCUGUCUCCUUUUUUUUUUCCCCCUCUUCAUCACUCAUCAUGUACAAGCAGAUUGUAAAUAAGAUCUGAUGGAGGUAGAUUGCCUGCUGACAAUAUAUGCAUGGGUUCCACACACAUUUUUUUAAAUGUAUGGGAGUGUAGAAUACAAAGAAAGAAUACACUGUACUGGUAUACAGUGUCUAAAAUAAAUAAUAAUAUAAAUUUGUAUAAUUUAAUUCUUUUUUAAAUCAUAUACAUCAAGUAGGCAAUCCAGAACUCUAACAUUGGGACUUUUAUGCCUCCUUGAAUCAUGGUAGCCAUUUAACCCAGUAAUAAAAACCACAGCUGAUGCAAAGUGUUUCUCACUUAGCUUUCACACUGAUGCUUCUUUGUCCUGUUGUUUUAACAGUGUCACUUUUAGAUUACUAGUUAGUGGGCUAUAUGCAGAACUCUUCACAAUACUAGUAUUGACAGUGAGGUAAAAAACUCUAGAAAAAAAGUUUGCAAUAGAGCAUCUAAAAAGUUCUGGUAGUAUUUCAAAUGAAAUUGUGUGUUAAAAAAUGUCAUUUGGGGGACUUGUGGAUUUGAGAUUUUGUACCUGUAUGGUAAACUCUCUAUUUAACAUACUAAUCGGGAGAGUGUUGUGGACAGAGAAAAGAUUGUUUUGCCAUGAUUGUAACAAUCGUGAACAAUUCUACAACCAUACAACUUUGUCCAUUGUUUCCAAAUUUAUUGACCCCAGCAGAUUUUGUUCCAUAUUUCCAAAGUCAUUUAAAUGGAAGUAUGUUAACUGGAGGGUUUACUGUACUGUAUUAUUAAUUUUGCUGGUAGAAUUACAAAAUUUUACAAAAGUGUAAUAAGUCCAAAUUGGAUUUAUUAAAAAUAUAAUUUCUCUGGCAUCACUCAGGUGUAUAUUUUUACUUGCUUCAUCUAUGCUGUAUUCAAGUGAUUGGAUGUGUACAUGUUCUGGAAUAGGGUAUCACAUUUAUACCUUAAUGUUAAGAAACUGAAACCUGUUCUAUCAUUGAAUAAAGAAAUUAAAAAAAAAUAAUGCUAUCUGCACCCUGUUGUAAUACCAAAGUUGUUGGUCUUUCUGAAAUUAUUAAUAUAUUGUUGAUAGAGCUAUGUGACUUACAUAUUUUUAUAUAUCUUUUUAAUGUAACCUUUGUUCAUUAGUUUUUCAAAUAAAUAAUUUGUCAGUUGGGAACCAGAUGUAAAGAGUUAUGUUUGGUUUGGCAUUAUAAAUAUGCAAACUGGGUGAUAAUUGACCAUGUGAAUGUUGCAUGGCUGAUACAUUAAAACAACUGCAGCAUUAUCAGUCAUCAUUACUCACGAAAUCGUAAUGACACGAUUGCAAACAAACCAUACCCCGGCUGGGAUUGAACCCGCGGUCAGAGAGUCUCAAAACUCCAGCCCGUUGCGUUAGCCACUAGACCAGCUAGCCACAAUAAGAUUCGUCUAACUAGGUAUAUUUCUACACCAUAGGAAGGUUAGCACAGGCACCACUGUCACCACAAAUGCAAGUUUUUACAGACGAAUCUCCAGCUAGCGUGGCCGUGACGAACUCUAGCUCAAGUCCCUUCACUGCUGUCAACAUGACUCACGAAAUCGUAAUGACACGAUUGCAAACAAACCAUGUUGACGGCAGUGAAGGGACUUGAGCUAGAGUUCGUCACGGCCACGCUAGCUGGAGAUUCGUCUGUAAAAACUUGCAUUUGUGGUCACAGUGGUGCCUGUGCUAACCUUCCUAUGGUGUAGAAAUAUACCUAGUUGGACGAAUCUUAUUGUGGCUAGCUGAUCUAGUGGCUAACACGACGGGCUGGAGUUUUGAGACUCUGACCGCGGGUUCAAUCCCGGCCGGGGUAUAGUCAGUCAUCGUUGUGUUUAAGAAUAUUUUAUAAUCCAUAAUUGUAUUAGUAACUCAAGGCUAAUGAUACUUUGAUGUUUGCUGCUGGGAGAACAAUAGCUCUGUGGUGGAAUUCUUUUCUAAUGCUGUAAGCUACAUUGUAUUUUUUAAGCAAAAUCCACAUGGUUUUGGUGAUAUCAUAAUACCAGUGAUACAAACAGGUUAUCAGACUUCUUAGAAUCACUAAGCACAAGCCAGCAGUGCACAUAAUGGUAGCUCAAGUUAUGGUAAGUAAUUUAUAUGUUUUAAGUUAAUCUUAUUUGACUUUAGGAUAAGGCCUUUCCAGACACUGAUGAAAUAGCAAAUGAUCAAUGUAUCAUGUACUCAUGUAAAUACAUUAAUAAUUAACUAAGACUUCAUUCCUAAAUAGGGAUCAUAUGGCUUUAAGUCAUGUUCAUUGAGGUUUAAGGUAAAGACUUAAUUUUAGGCAGGAUUCGGACAGCAAUUCUUUGCAGAGUUACAUGGUAUGAUAUUGAGUACAAAUUUUUGUAAUAAACAAGUUUUUUUUUAUCCCAAAAGAUCCACAAUCUAGUAUUAAUAAAAACUAUUUAUUUAGUAAAGUAUAAUUUCUUGUAUGGAUCAGCAAUUAAAAAAAAUUUCCAGACUGUAUAAUUUGUAGAAUAUCAGACAUGUUUCAGUCAGAAUUAAAUGUCAGUCAUGUUAGAAAAGUAAUGAACUAUCAGUGAUAAUUGUCAUCAACUAGGUUAGCACCUGCUAAGUUGGCAUCAAAAGUCAUUGUUAAUUUCUUAACAGCAGACCUAAUUUAACUUUGCCAGUCUUAGCCUAAUAGUAUGAUCUAAUAUACAGUAUAAUCAAGUCUCCAGUUAACAAGUGAGUUAUUUUCCAAGAAAAAAUAUAAAGCAGAGUUGCAUAAAAUGAGUCAUGUUUUCUCACCCUUUAAUUAAAUUGAGAUAGGUUCCAGGUAAAAAAAUCUAUUGCUAAAAUAUUAGAAAUAAAUUAAAUUUAUUAUAAAAUAUAAAAAUACAUGUAUAAUUCUUUCCUUGGAAUGUUACUUAACCCUCAGUAAAAAAGAGGUGAAGCAUUGUGAAAGAAACCACUUCAACCAACUAAGUUUUAAUUUUGAAAGUGACCACGUCAACAAAGUUUCACGUGGCCAUACUUCCUUUCCCUUAAACUUAUAAGAUUGGAGACACAAUAAAACAAUAUCUAAAAACAAAAUAUGAGUACGAAAAAUAUAAACAUUACUUUUCUAUUAAGUGAAGCAUUUAUAAUCCUCAUACGUAAUGAAGCAGGUAGAAACAAUUUAGCAAAGCACUAAAAAUGUGCAUAGCAUUAUAUUGUAGAGUAUUGUACUGUACAGUACAUAUAAAACAUUUGUAAUUUU